CCUUGAAGGGAAACUAGUGGAGAGGGAGAGAGAAGGAUGACAUUUACAUCAACAAUGGCUUUUCAUGUGAAUUGCUCUGUACAAAGUCGGCCUUCUCCCUUCGAAAACAUCGAUCGUUUUAAGAAUAGGCUGUCUUCUUCUUACAAGCCAUUAUUGAAAGAGUUGCAGCAACUUCCCAUGCAACUUGAUGUUUCGAAAAGCAUAAGAAAUGCUUCUGUCAAACUCUUGGAUGCAUUUGUGGAUUCAUUAUUUCAGUUUGCUGACCAGCCCGUCCUCCCUUCUCAGAGUAACUUUGCGCCGGUUGAUGAACUGAACGAACCUCUUGCUAUCACCAGCAUUGAGGGCAAAGUCCCAUAUGAUUUUCCUGAAGGUGUCUACAUAAGAAACGGACCAAAUCCACUCUUUGGUGGUCUAAAAUCUACGAGUUCUGUAUUUGGAAAGACCGGUCAUAUGUGGAUCGAAGGAGAGGGAAUGCUUCACGCUUUGUGCUUCGAUAAAGAUAGUGAUGGUGAAACAUGGACGGUUCUGUACAAUAAUAGACAUGUUGAAACCGAAACAUACAAGAUUGAAAAACAAAGAGCCAAGCCAUCUUUUCUUCCGGCCAUUGAAGGCAGCCCGCCCGCCAUUUUGUUAGCGUACUUAUUAAAUAUGCUGCGAUUUAGAAAAGUCAACAAAGAUCUUAGCAACACCAAUGUUUUCGAGCAUUCAGGGAAGUUCUACUCAAUUGCUGAAAAUCACAUCCCUCAAGAGAUUGACAUCUUUUCCCUUCAGACUUUAGGCGAUUGGGAUAUCAAUGGAACUUGGCAUCGACCUUUCAACAGCCACCCAAAGAGAGCACCAGGUACUGGAGAGUUGGUUGUCUUUGGGGUGGAUGCGAUGAAACCUUUCAUGGAACUGGGAGUUGUUUCUGCUGAUGGAAAGAGACUCGUACAUAAGGUUGAUCUCAAGUUCAACAGAUGCACCCUUAGUCAUGACAUGGGGGUAACAGAGAGGUAUAAUGUGAUCAUGGAUUUUCCACUAACAAUAGAUAUACAGAGACUCAUCAAGGGAGGCCCGUUGAUAAAGUUUGAAAAAGAAGAAUAUGCAAGAAUCGGGAUUAUGCCCCGCUAUGGCAAUGCCGACUCAAUCCGUUGGUUCGAGGUCGUACCAAAUUGCACAUUUCACAUUCUUAACUGUUUCGAGGAAGGAGAUGAGGUUGUAGUGAGGGGAUGCAGGUCCCUUGAAUCAAUCAUAUCAGAAUCUUGCGAUGUGGAUUUGGACAAGUUUGAGUGGGUCUCCGGAAGACUUAGGAGCAAAGGACCCGUUGAACAAGAUGCUAAACAUUUCAAAAACGAUGAACUGUUGUUCUGCCGAUCUUAUGAAUGGAGACUAAACAUGGAAACCGGAGAGGUUAAAGAGAGAAACCUAACUGGAACUCAAUUAUCUAUCGAGUUUCCAAUGAUCAAUCCAAAUUUUAAUGGUGUAAAGAACAAAUUUGGCUACGCCCAAACUGUUCAUGGCUUGGCAAGUGCUACUUCAGGCAUGCCAAAAUUUGGAGGUCUAGCCAAGUUGUACUUUGAAGAGACUGCCAAUAGGGAAUGGGAGGAAUCUGAAGGGCAUAUAAAGGUGGAAUACCAUGAAUUCGAGGGAAACACCUUCUGCACUGGAGCUGCCUUUGUCCCGAAAGAAGGUGGGCUUGAAGAAGAUGAUGGCUGGAUCAUCACUUUUGUUCAUGAUGAAGACACCGAUACCUCCAAAGUUUAUAUAAUUGACACAAAGAAUUUCACGAGUGCGCCCGUUGCCAAAAUUACGUUGCCAUGUCGAGUCCCAUAUGGAUUUCAUGGAGCAUUUAUGCCAAUUCCAUCGCACAAGUAAUUGGACAAUAUUUCAUGGAAGCCCACAGUAAUCUCGUGGAGAAAUUAGCCGAAUUGACCGGAUCUUGGACGCAAUAUAUUAGAUAAAAACAAAAUUGUAGAAUUAUUUUCAGCAUAAUCUUACAAAACAACAUGUAAUAAAGUAAGUAUCAAAAAAAUUAGAACAAUGUUUAGAGUAUAUUUAAUUGAUUUUAGAUGAAAUAACAUAUAACCAUUAUCAUCA